AUGAAGUUCCUUCCUCUACCUGAGUUUGAGGAUGUCACAAGUUCUCUGAACUUCGAUACCGCCGACUGUCACAUCGUUGGUGGGUGCGACAUCUACACGACCAAGGCAGCACGCUCCGAUCGGAAACUCUACAACCACAUCGAACAAUCGCUCGAGGCGCAAUAUGAAUCCGUCCUGCGGUUUUCUGCUUCCUUGUCACCGCCCAACGCACAUGACGCCGCCGAGACACUCAACCUAUCCCGAUCCAGUCCGUUCGGCCCCCUGAGCGACCAUUCGAGCCGACGCACGUUUGCCUAUUUGAUUGCCACAUUGAACGCAAGCCAUCCGGAUUACGACUUUUCUCAUGUGCUCAGACCGACUGAUUUCCGACGCGAGCGGAAUCUAAAGCGCGUCAUGAACACGGUCGAUUCAACUCUCCUCAACCUGCGACCGCGCGAGAAUGUCGACCUAUCCCCUUCAUCCCCCGCCACGCUUUCCGGCUCAUACACCGCAGGCUCAUCUUCCGCAUGGGGCCCUCGUGUAUGGAAGACGAUAGACGAGCACAUGUCUCUGAAGGAAUGCUCAAUUUACUCCUAUUCUCCCGAAGAAGAUCCGUCCGACGCCGAUGACGGAGCAAUUUGGAGUCUACACUUCUUUUUCUUCAACCCGCUUCGCAAGCGCGUCUGCUACAUGUAUCUACGCGCGAUUCCAAUCCUCAGCCAUACACCCGAUGAGAUGAUGACUACGCCAUCCGGCAAGCGGACCUACGACGACGGAUACCUUACACCGGAUCUUAGUUCCAGCAAGCGCGCCCGGUUCUGGUUUGGAGACCGUGCGAGAUCAACUCUCAUUGCCAGUGACAGCGACGAUGAGAUGGAUCGCACUGAGCCCACUCGACCUAUGGACGAAUAUGACCAUUACGUGCUGAGUGAUGAUGAUGACCAUGUGCCCGCUCGUCGGGGUACGGUCCGCGCCAUGAGUGAGGAAAUUGCAGAUUCUAUGGAGGUAUAA